AUGGCCAACCCUCAGGAGCACCUGAGCUGCUCCUCUUCUCCACAUUUACCUUUGAGUGAAAACAAAGCCUUCAAUGGACUACAGGAUGACCUCGCACCUAUGGGGAGCCACGCUUCCCUCAAGCUUCUUAAGGACCAGCAGGAAAAGGGCAUGGUGCAAACUGAGCUAGCUGAGGGCACGAACAGCCCCAUCACCACAACAGUGUCGACAAGCAUAAGUGAGGAUUCCAGGGACCAGUUUGAGAACAGCGUUCUGCAGCUAAGGGAACAAGAUGAAUCGGAGAUGACCAUGUCUCAUGGGAACAGCAGCACUGUGGGCGGAGAGGGCACAAGCGGAACUGAAGACAUCAAGAUUCAGUUCAGCAGGUCAGGCAGUGGCAGUGGUGGGUUUCUUGAAGGACUAUUUGGAUGCUUAAGGCCUGUAUGGAAUAUCAUUGGGAAGGCAUAUUCCACUGAUUACAAAUUGCAGCAGCAAGAUACUUGGGAAGUGCCAUUUGAGGAGAUCUCAGAGCUGCAGUGGCUGGGUAGUGGAGCCCAGGGAGCUGUCUUCUUGGGCAAGUUCCGAGCGGAGGAGGUGGCCAUCAAGAAAGUGAGAGAACAGAAUGAGACGGAUAUCAAGCAUUUGAGGAAGUUGAAGCACCCUAACAUCAUCGCUUUCAAGGGUGUUUGUACUCAGGCCCCAUGUUACUGUAUCAUCAUGGAAUACUGUGCCCAUGGACAACUCUAUGAGGUUUUGCGAGCUGGCAGGAAAAUCACACCUCGAUUGCUAGUAGACUGGUCCACGGGAAUUGCAAGUGGAAUGAAUUAUUUGCACCUUCAUAAAAUUAUUCAUCGUGAUCUCAAAUCACCUAAUGUUUUAGUGACUCACACAGAUGCAGUAAAAAUUUCAGAUUUUGGUACAUCUAAGGAACUCAGUGAUAAGAGUACCAAGAUGUCCUUCGCUGGCACUGUCGCCUGGAUGGCACCAGAAGUGAUACGGAAUGAACCUGUCUCUGAAAAGGUCGAUAUAUGGUCUUUUGGAGUGGUGCUUUGGGAGCUGCUAACAGGGGAGAUUCCGUACAAAGAUGUAGACUCUUCAGCCAUUAUUUGGGGGGUUGGAAGCAAUAGCCUACACCUUCCAGUUCCUUCCACUUGCCCUGAUGGAUUCAAAAUCCUUAUGAAGCAGACAUGGCAGAGUAAACCUCGCAACCGACCUUCUUUUCGGCAGACACUCAUGCAUUUGGACAUCGCGUCUGCAGAUGUACUUGCCACCCCACAAGAAACUUACUUCAAGUCUCAGGCUGAAUGGAGAGAAGAAGUGAAAAAGCACUUUGAGAAGAUUAAGAGUGAAGGAACCUGUAUCCACCGAUUAGAUGAAGAACUUAUUCGAAGGCGCAGAGAAGAGCUCAGGCAUGCUUUGGAUAUUCGUGAGCACUACGAGCGGAAACUUGAGCGGGCUAAUAAUUUGUACAUGGAACUGAGUGCCAUCAUGCUGCAGCUAGAGAUGCGGGAGAAGGAGCUCAUCAAACGUGAGCAGGCCGUGGAGAAGAAGUAUCCUGGAACCUACAAACGACAUCCUGUCCGUCCAAUAAUCCACCCCAAUGCCAUGGAGAAGCUCAUGAAGAGGAAAGGCCUGCCUCACAGACCUGGGAUGCAGGCCAAGCGGCCAGAUCUGUUGAGAUCUGAAGGCAUCCCCAGUGUGGAAGUGGCUCCCAUGGCAUCCCCUUUAUCCGGAAGUCCCAAACUGUCCUCCUCCAGCAGCAAGAGCCGAUAUCGAAGCAAACCACGCCACCGACGUGGGAACAGCCGAGGCAGCCACAGUGACUUUGCGGCCAUCUUGAAAAACCAGCCCGCCCAAGAGGAUUCACCCCAUCCCACUUCCCUCUACCAAGCUGAACCCCAGUACCCAUCUCCCCAGCACCAUAAUCCUCUGCAGCAGCAAUACCAGCAACCCCCACCUGCCGUGUCGCAGAGUCACCAUCCCAGACUCAAUAUGCACGGACAGGACAUUGCCACCUGCGCCAACAACCUGAGGUACUUUGGUCCUGCAGCAGCCCUGCGGAGCCCACUCAGCAACCACUCUCAAAGACAGAUGCCUGGCUCUAGCCCUGACCUCAUCUCCACGGCCAUGGCGGCAGAUUGUUGGAGAAGUUCUGAGCCUGACAAGGGCCAGGCUGGCCCCUGGGGCUGUUGUCAGGCUGACCCCUAUGACCCCUGCCUCCAGUGCAGGCCAGAACAGCAUGGCUCCCUAGACGUCCCCUCGGCCAAGCAGGUGGGGAGGAGCCCCAACGUUUUCAAGCCACCAGCACACAAUCCCCUCUUGGAAAAUGCCCAGGGUUCUGAGAAAAUGGAAGAAAAUGAAUUCAGCGGUUGUCGGUCUGCGUCAUCCCUUGGCGCCUCUCAUCACGUCACUCCCCCAGUGCUACCUCGCAAAACAAGGCCACUCCAGAAGAGUGGAGAUGACUCCUCUGAAGAGGAAGAAGGGGAAGUAGAUAGUGAAGUUGAAUUUCCACGAAGACAGAGGCCCCAUCGCUGUAUCAGCAGCUGCCAGUCAUAUUCCACCUUUAGCUCUGAGAAUUUCUCUGUGUCUGAUGGCGAGGAAGGAAAUACCAGUGACCACUCAAACAGCCCUGAUGAGUUAGCAGAUAAACUCGAAGAUCACCUGGCAGAGAAGCUUGAUGACCUGCUGUCCCAGACGCCAGAGAUCCCCAUUGAGAUAUCCUCACAUUCGGAUGGUCUCUCUGACAAGGAGUGUGCUGUGCGCCGCGUGAAAACACAGAUGUCUCUGGGCAAGCUGUGUGCGGAGGAACGUGGCUAUGAGAAUCCUAUGCAGUUUGAAGAAUCGGACUGUGACUCUUCAGAUGGGGAAUGUUCUGAUGCCACAGUCAGGACCAAUAAACACUACAGCUCUGCUACCUGGUAA